AAGUAUUUUUUUCUGAAUUAAGAUUUAAUUAGCAAUCUAGAGUUUAUCUCUUUUCGGAUCCUGGCGUAAACUGAGCCUGAAUACAGUUUAAUGGUUAUGCUUAUAUUUCGAUUAGUUUUCCUGGUUGUGGUAUGUGGAAGUAAUGUUACAAUUGGAGUGAAAAACACCGAAGGUGAUUUACUUGCGGAAGACAAUUUCGGCUUUAUAGACAAUGUCAACCCUGACAACAAUGGACAUGUAUUGGACAAUACCGUGAAUGGGAUUGUAAAUUCGCCAAUGAUUUUAGAUGACAACAUUGUGGAAGACACGGAAGAGAGUUCUUCAAAUGAUCUGCUUACACUCGACAUGGUGGAGCAAAGCGCGGUUACUUCAAAUAUCAUGCUGCAACCGAGCACACCAAAUCCAACAUCGUAUGGGUAUGGUAUAAAUCCAUUUUACAGUGAGGUACUAGAUUUAACAUUGGCACCAGAAAUCGAUGUCGUACUUCCCGAUAGCUUUGCCAUGACAAAUGAGGAUCACCCGAGCAAGCUGAGGAUGGGAAAUGAGGUGCAAAUAGACUUGAAACAGGCAUUCCCGAUUUUCAAUGAAACGACGCAAAAACCAGCAACAACCACCAAAAAAGACAACUCCCGAGUGCUGGGCCUCAGACCGUUUCACGGAAUUGCGAUACCACCCGGUGUCCCUAUUCCACCCGGUGUUCCUAUUCCACCCGGUGUUCCUAUUCCAUCCGGUGUCCCUAUUCCACCCGGUGUUCCUAUUCCUGCCGGUGUCCCUAUUCCACCCGGUGUCCCUAUUCCACCCGGUGUUCCUAUUCCACCCGGUGUUCCUAUUCCACCCGGUGUUCCUAUUCCACCCGGUGUUCCUAUUCCACCAGACGUGCCAGGCCAUUCAAGCACCUCAACAACGACAAAAUCAACAACGACUACGGUAACUAGCACGAAUUCCAGAUCAAUCGCACCGCAUCCACCAAUACCGAGACUGCUACAACCGAAAAAACCAACAGAACGUGCAAAACCUAAAACUUCAACAACCUUAAAACCGACGACUAUAAAAAGCAAACCAUCCAUACCUACGAAAAUAACGUCAACAAAAUCGACAAUUCAAGCUGGCAUGCCAAUGGAUUUUCAAAGAGGGAUGAUACCAGUAGUAGAUGUAGACUUUGGGCCGACAACUUCAUCACAAAAAAUCGAGCAUACAACAUCAAACAUUACGACAUUCGGAGCCGAUAACUCAAAAACCAUAGUGAUUGAAUUAAACCCAAUAGCAGGACGAGAUAUAUUUCAUAACACAAGUCUUAUCGAGAAAUUUAAUAACAGUGAUAAUUCGGAUACGCGUGAUCAAGUUACUGUAGUUUAUCGGAUGUGUGGAUACCCUUCUAUAUGCGAUCAAGAAACUUGCAUAUCACUUGACAUGAGUAGUGAUACCUUGGAAGAGUGUGAAAUACGGGGAGCGAAAGCAGGAUUCGUUUUUGUCGUAAUCAUUUUAUCACUAGCGAUUAUAGUAGGGAACAGUUUGCUACCGUUGGUACUGUGGAGAAAUCGAGAAUUGAGAAGUCAUCACAAUUUAAUGAAAGUUUCACUUGGAUUUGCUGACAUGAUAACUGGUUUGAUUCUCCUGUUCUCCGUCAUUCCCAAUGUUAUCCGUACGAUGCAAAGCACCGAACAACAGUUAGCUGAAGAGGAUAGAGAUAUGACGAAUUCAGCCCAAGCUAUAAUAGCCGGUUCAAUGCUAACUUUAUCAGCACAGGCUUCAUUGUUUCACUUGACAUAUCUCAGCGCUGAGCGUUUUGUUGCAAUUAAAUGGCCUUUGUGGCACCGAGUGAGAGGACCAAAGUCUCUUUCAUCGCAAAUUUUGUCGGUGUGGGCAGUUUCUAUCUUAGUGUCUUUUCUACCAGCUGCUUUCAAGUAUCAAUUCUCGUUUCGAUAUUUGCCUGUAUUAUUCGUCUACAUAAUGACAGCAAAUGGAUCCGAAACCAAUGCGGAAGGAACGGCCUAUAUUGUAAUAACCAUGGUGAUACCAUAUAUAGCCACGAUAACAUUUACGGCACUAACCGGGGUAGUAGUAUGGUGGAAGAUGAAAUCAACGGCACAUAUGAAGCGUUAUUCCACAAGAAAUCAUCGAACUACGAACGGUGGUAUAGGAUCCCAGACCACUUCCGGGUUCAAACUAGCGAGUAACGGACGAUAUCAAUGGGAUGAUGCCGAUAACACAAAACCGGAACUAAAGCCGGAAGUAGCAGUGUUGAAGACCCUAACGAUUAUGAUUGCUGCCUUUAGCAUAACACUACUUCCUUUCAUAAUAGUUGUGAUUCUAUUCUACGGUAAACAACUGGACUGCGUAAACUACUCUAUGCCAUACACAAUUGCCUUCUACGCCUGUAUGUCGAACAGUUUUGUAAAUGUAUUGAUAUAUACAGUACGAGACCAAAAAUUCCGAAACGGUUUACAUAAUGUCUUUCGACGACGAGGGGCUAGUCAAAUAUGGAGCUCUAAUUCCAAUCAAGGGAAAAAAGGAAUGACGGUAAGCACCAGUAUCGAACUCACACCCCAUCCAAUACAAAUGGAGAAUGGAGAGAAAUUUUCAAGUAGAACGACUGGCAAAGAAAGAUGGGAAAGAGCCUUGGUAGGGAUGUGAAGGGUAAGAAGGAGAACCAGAACAACACAGUGUUGUGUGUGUCGACAAGACAGAAAAAUGAAGAGCGGGAUAUAUUGACACGACACCGCGAUGUAAAAAAAUAAUCUGAGAACUCUACCGGUCUCAAACUAAUGAAUCAAACAGAUAAGAUCCCAACAUUUAAACAAGGUACAACAAGGUACAUCAGUUUAAAAACAAGUCUACAGACAUAAUGAAUUGAAUUAGUGAACUAAUUGUACAGUAUUCUUUCAUUUUGAGAUAUUAUAACAAUCAGUAUGUGCAUUGAAUAUUUUUUUGUACAGAAUCCAACAUUCAGUGUUAUAUUUUAUCAAGUACAGCGGUAAAAUAAUCUAUUGCUGCUUUUUUUUAUUUUUUUUUAUCAAGAUCUUUUCAAUUCAUUCUUUUUAAUAAUUUUUUUACGAUUUUAUUGCACAUAAAUGGAGAUUUUCGAAUAAAAGUAUGCAAAAUGAGAGCAAAUAUGAUCUU